AUGCGAACAGAUCGCUCUCUAUGGGUAGAGGACAAGUAUGCACUGCGAUGUCGCGGGUGUGCUGAGAAGUUCACCGUCUUUCGCCGUCGCCACCACUGCCGCAGGUGUGGUCAGGUAUUCUGCUACGAGUGCCUCAAGCCUCCACCAACAGAAGCUUCCGUACCGCAGAGCAUAAUAUUCAAUGUUUAUCAGUGGCUGGCGCCAACGCUGGCUACGCCGAUAAGCACGCGAACAUCGGCCGAGGUGCCGAAGACAACAGGGAAAUGUAACGCCGUUAGUAGUAGUCGCGAUGGGGCUUCUGUUGCUGCGGUAGCAGCAGCAGCGGCAGCUGCGGAGCUUUCCAUGCUUCUCUGUUGUCGCUGCGCUGCCACCGUGGCGAAGAACGCUUCGCGCGAAGCCUCGGCACCGCACGCCGAGUUCCCAGCCUCGUCACUCACAGGCAACAGCGCGGCCCAAUCUCUGUCGAACGUACCGUCACCGCUUAUGCUGAGUGUACCACUGCCGUGUCUGUCGUCACCGAAGCUGGAGACGCCGAUUCGGCUCGACGGAAGGAGUCCCCCUGAGGAGGCGCUGUCUCCCACCCCACUGCGUACACUACCUGCGGUGGAAAUGGCGCGCCAGUUAGCAGCCUCGGAUUCCUCUAACAUCGUGGCCCCCGAGUCUGUGGGCUGCACAGGAACACAUGCAGAAACAGAAGAGGAGCGCGAGGUCACGUACUCUAUCGGGCGCGUUUGGCGCCCCCCACCGUCGAUCAUGGCGCAGUGGUGGGUAGCGCAUCAGCAAGCCCUGAAGGACAGGGCAGCGCGCACCUUCCCAGGGCAGCAAACAAGUCCGUGUGCAUCCACCUUGGAGAGCGCCGGUGCACUUGUGCGGACGCUUAGCGACGACCCCGUCAGCUUUGACGUGCGCUUUUUCCUGGGAGCAGAUAUGACGCAGCUGGCAUUGGACUCCAAGGGCUGCGUACUGGGGAGCGCAACGGUCAUUGCGAUGGCCGACGCACCUGCGUCGCUGCACGGAUUCCUGAGCGACUUCGGCGCCGCGUGCACAACCCACCUCAAGGCGCGCAUUCAACACACCCUUCAAGCUUAUUUCCCCAACACUCACGGAUCGCGACUAUGUCGCCACCUAGCUGAUGUUGCCUGGCAUAUCGUGCACCACACUGCUGUCGCCCUCGGUGCCAGUGUGUUUGACCACUUGUCCAUCUUCUCUAUCCUGAGCCCCGCGCAGCCCGUGCAGUGCAUCGUGUACCCGGGCCUAGUGAACCGUCGACCUCAUCCUUCCAAGCGGGUCAUGAGCCCGUGCGAUCAUCCGCGCGUGCUGCUGCUUGCGGGGGACCUCUCCUAUCCAGUGCAGCCAGCCGAGGACCUCGUUGACUACGUGCAUUCCUACAGCGGCUACCUGGAUAAGUUGUUCCAGCGACUGGUGAUGUGGCAACCGGACGUGAUUGUUGUCGAAGGCAACAUGCACCAUUACCUGCGUGCGCGUAUCGAGGCGGAGGACCAGAUGCGCCUCGUGCUAGACGUUGGUCGUGAAUUUCUCGUGCAGCUCUCCUGGUGCUUGCAUGCUGACAUCAUUGCUGAUCUUCAGUACGUCGGCGUGGGCGACUUGGCCACCACAGCGCCGCUGGGUCACUGCGCCCGCUUCGAGGUGCUUGAGUUGGCAGAGGAAGUGUGCUGCUGCAGCUUCCGCGGCUUCGACGCGCUCUCCUUUCAUACCCUCAUCCUCCGCGGCGAGCGGCAGUGGGAGGCAAUGGAACAGGUAGUAAGGGAGGCAGUCGCCGUUGCCUAUCACCUGGCCCUGCAGGCAAACGGCGCCGCUGCACUUGUACGCAAAGGGCUCUCUAUUUCGGUGAGUAGCGCGACGGCGACCGCAGAGGAAGCCGCCGCAGCCGCUGCCAUCACGAUGAAUGUGGGGUGCCAAUUCCCGUCGUCGGUGCAGUCUGCAUGCCGCAACGCCGCGAGCCCCGCUGCACUGUCCACCCUGAAGGACAACAUCGUGGUGAACAUUGUGCACAUGGACCACCUAUUCGAGGGGGGAACUGGCGGUGGUAGUGGCGCCGGUAAUUCCGUCAACGGCAGGUCGGCGGUGGCGGUGGCAAGCGCCGUCAUGAGCACACUGGCCAAGUCACGGAGCUCCGAGCUGCCCAUCGAGCGCGGUGCUUCUCGUGGCCCGGUCACCCGUUUCCAAGCUAGUUCACACCUCGAUUUGCCUGCCAGCAGCGCUGACACAGCGUCACCCAGCGCCCCCUUGUUGGGUCCGCCUCUCGGACGCGCUGAGGCGCCAGCGGCCAAUGCCUACGCUGUGGUGCAACAGAAAUCGGUCUUGACCUUCUACGGUGCCGGAGACGAGCGCCUCUUCCACUUUCUGGUGAACCGCUGCGCCGGGACGGAGUCACAGGUACUCUACUUGCACGGUGCGCAUCGAGUGAAGGUGACCACGUCGACCAGUGCCUCUCUCCCUUCGGCAGCAGCCACACUCACUGACAGCGGUCUCGCGGGCACUUUGGGUGCCGCGCAGAUGUUGGCGUUUCACAAGGUCACCGCGCAGCAGAGCGCUGCGAGGGCGUUGACUGCGGCGGAGCCGCUGGACACUUACGCAAUCGCCGCCUUCGUUGCCCAUCUGAGGGGUUAUUUCUCUCUUCGAAUUCGCGUGGUGAACGAGGAUGUCAGGGUAGCAGCAGCGGAUGCGGCGACCGUGCCCGCCGCCCCGGUUGACGCCAUGAUCGACGUCUGCACUCCGCACCUUCUGAACCUCUCCACAGCCGCCUUCCUGGAGUGGGUGCUGUACGGCUGGAUACCUGCGCUGUCAAGGCACUCGGCGCAGUCGGGUCUACAGCUCCACUUCCAGUUCCAUUCCCUAGGGACGGCUGCGCAGCAGCAGCGCCAACCCAGUCCUGCCAAUAUCUCCGCCUACCCCAAUACCGUGACGUUCUUGAUGGAGCGAGUGCCUCUGUCGCGCAUCGAAUACCCGCCACCCGUGAUGCCACGCGCCAUUCCCGCACUGGAGGCGAAGGGAUCCUCUGAGGAGCAUCCGAUUGGCAUCGAGGAUUACCUCUAUGCUGGGAGCGACGCCGAUGAACUGGAGGGUCUUCUCGCUGAGCUGCAACAGGCAACGCGCGCUUCUUUGGAUCGAACGGAACAGCAAGAGAACACCCAAGCAGAUGUGCUGACUGCAGAAUCUCCGAUAAGCACUGCCAGCUCUGCUGUGGAGGCGGAAGGAAAGGCAUCCGCCGCCGCCAGGACGUCCUCGAUGCCCACUGGGGAGGGUGCCUCGAGCGACUUGGGCCAGCUAUGCGAAGCUGUACAGCAUGCACUUUCAGCCCUUCACGAUGCACGCCAGCGUGGGCAGCUGGAUGUGGCGCUACUCCUCGCCAACAUGCGCAGACAUCUGCUUCCCGAUCUUUUCGCCGCGUAUCGCGGCUGGUACGUUGCGCAGCGGAAGUCCGGUGCAAAGGGUGCCACCAGCACCUCCACAGACGCCUCCGCAGCUGCCGGGCCUGAAUGCCCCUCAUCUCUUCACCGACUGGACGGAUGUCUGUAUCACAAGGAGCGCUCGCAGUGGAUUCGCCUGGCUGAGCCAUCCAGCAUCCUUGCCGCAGCCCUGCUGCACUUCUAUCGUCCCGUUCCACCCAGUACGUCUUGCACCCCAUCGAGCACAAAGGACGCAGCUGCAGGCAUGGAGUUGGAACUAGUCAAGUCGGUCAGCAGCGAAGCAGCUGUGGCAGUACCCACCGCACACCACCUCUCCUUUGCUGCCGAUAGCACACUCACUACAUCAUCACUGAACAUGAACUCGGCAACACGGUCAGAAAAGCUGCAGCCCUUGUCGAUGAUAGGCCAACUGUCGCUAGAGGAAGCGCUCGAGGUGCUUCGCCAAAGCAGCAGAGCAGAUGCGGCAUCAUCCACCUCCCUGAAGUGGACACUUUCUGGGUAUCAGUGUGUAGUACACCCCGGUGUCGGUGGACCUGCUGGACUCGCUGGUGGGGCAGUGGCGACGAUCAGCAGCGCCGCCAGUGUGGCAAGCAUGAUCGGUGGCGGCACCAGCAACGCCGAUCCUAUCAUCACCGUAGACGUGCUCUUUCCCCGAAGCUUUGCAGCCCUUCACGUGCUCUACACAGACGGCGCUCCCUUUGAUAUCUGUGCCGCCCUGGUGCGAUGUCGCCCCUUUAGCACCGACGGCGGCAAAUCGCACUCAAGGUUCUUCGUCACACAUGAUGGACGCUUUCUCAUCAAGUCUGUGAAACCGAUGGAGCUGCGCCACUUCCGAGAGUGGGCGCCGCGCUACUUUGCGAGGAUGGCGGACUACUACGCGUCGUUGCAACAGCAACAGCAGCAUCCGUCGCACUCGUCGGGCGGUGAGGCCAGUGCGCCCCUGCUCGACGCUCAGACGACACUGGGCAAAAUCAUGGGCCUCUAUGCUGUUCAGGUGCAAGGGUCGCGCAGCAGAGCUGCGGCGCCGCCCACCACGUCCACUAGCUCAGUGCCCGGUGACACCACACCGCAGCUGCAGAACCUCCUCACAGACGGGACGCAUUGCUUCAUGGUCUCCGAGCAGCUUCUCUUUCAACGACCAGUGCGAGAGAAGUGGGACCUGAAAGGCAGCCAGCGCAACCGCACGACAGAGCAGACGGCUGCCGUACGCCUUGACGUGGACUUCGUUCAAGAGCGUCUACGGCUGGGCAACUUCUUCUUUUGCACACCGGAGGUGAAGCGUCUCUUGAUGGAGCACCUCUCUCACGACACCGCGCUGCUGGCGGAGAGUGGCAUCAUGGACUACUCGCUCAUGGCCUCCGUGGGCGACGGCAGCGUGUGCGUGGGCAUCAUCGACUAUUUGCACCCCUACUCCUCCGCCAAGGUGCUGGAGUCGAAGGUGAAGUCUGGCCUAGACACAAUGCUCGGCUACACUCGCCACGACCCAACCAUCAUCGACCCGGCAAGCUAUGCGGCGCGGUUUAUGCGCUGGAUGGACGGUUACUUCAACGGUGUCCCGGAUCGACUGGACCCGCUCACCCAUGUGCAGCAGCUGAAGGAGCGCCGGGAAAGUGGUUUGGUCCAGAAGCGAUACCAUUUUUCACCCCUGUCCCGUGAGACGGGAAAGAGGUAG